AUGAUUUCUAGAUAUUUUGAAACAUGUCUAGUCAUGUGCAGUCAAAAAAUGGAACAUGUAAUGAAUAUGGAGACGGUUCUUGCACAAAUGGUAAAUUCCACAGAAAGAGAAAACGCAAGGCUUCAACAGUCUGUGGAUUUAUACACGUUUGCAAUAUUCUUGUACAUUAAUCAAAUUUGCAAAGUCUCUUUGCGAUCGUCUGCGGCUUCUGUUAGUGGGGAAUGGCCAGGUUCACCUUCAAAAUGCUCUGACUUUCUUCCCCGGUCAGCAACUAAAAUUUUCAAAAAUACCUCUGAGCAACAUCAGUUAAAAUUUGUCACAGAGUAUAUACUUGAUAUAUUGGAAAUUCUUUCUGAUCCAAAUGAUAGUCCAAAUUCUCCUGCUGGAGAUAAAUCUUUACCCUUAUCAGCACUUGAUGCUCUUUCUUUUCUAUUUGAAGGAACAGUUGAUCGCUUAAGCACCAUAAAACCACUCCGAGAUAUUCUUCUUGACCCACUGUGCAUAACUCAUGUCGGAUACGAUAAGUCCAAAAAAACCUUCAGCAUGCGAUGCUUAUACUCAUGGAUGCGAGCUAACUUGUGCCAGUAUCCCUUCUCUGUUGAGUCCUGUCUUUUGAAUGGGACGCCAAUUCAGUGGGGCUAUGUCUCUAGUUCGUCAUCAAAUUCUCCUCGGCGACCACGAAUUGUGACCAAUGUACAGCAGUUACCACCAUCAACUGGAUUUCGCGGGAAUAAGCUCGUUGUUGCAGAAAUACUUCACAAACAGUUCAUUGCUUGUGCUUCCCGUUUUCUUAAAAACUCAACUGUUGAAAUCCGUCGAGCCACCUCCAGUUUUAUCUACCUACUUGUUCCUCUAAGAUGCGUUGCGCUUGAUCGAUGUCGUAACUCGACAAUUGUGCUUGGUCCAGUUGAAAGCACACUAACGAUAACCGACUGUGAGGAUUGUGUAAUAAUCGCACCAACUCGACGAGUUGUGAUAUGGGCCUCACGGCGCCUCACUCUUCAUCUUCUUUGUCCAACAAGACCCCUACUCCUACAAACUGCCACCGCUUCCUCUCUUCCAUCGGCCACUGCUAUCGAUCCACAUUCCUGUCCUCCUUCACCUCUUAGUGGACUGACUAGAAGGCGUAAUCCACUGAGCAAUGAGGAUAUCGUAUUUGCACCGUUUCAUACAAAUUAUCCGGAAUUGAGGCAUCAUUUAGAUAAGGCGUUUCUGGAUUGCAAUGUCAAUUAUUGGGAUAAACCGCUGCUAUUUGGUGGUGAUUUUUGGCGAUCGGGUACAAGUGAACAUAAUUCCAUCGGUGUAUGGAGUCUUCUCCCCCCGGAGAGCUUCUUUCCCUUCAACAUUCCCCUCGCUCCCCUUAUACCCAACGAAGAAGCCUUAGCUCAAACUGGAAACCUCGUCGAUAUUGGUGGCAGCAUUAGCAGUAGGAGUCGAGCUAUGUGCAUUAAACAACGUGCUUAUGAUGUCUGUCGGGGUACAAUCAUAAGCACCACUAGUGAGCGUAUUAAUGGAAGCCGUCUCAAUGACUAUGGUUUGAAUGGAUCUGGGACAGUGGAUGGUGAAAAUGAGUUGGAGGAUUUUGAUGCCCCUGCUAAAGGAACCCGUCUGCUUAUACCCCUACCGUCGACCUAUGCAGACGCUAUCAGGAAACGACGAGCGGCUUAUGAUAAUUGGCGAAGGACCAUAGCGGCAAGUUUCAUCUGA